AUGGAAGAAACGCACAAAUUCAUAAUUUUUUUUUCGUAUGUCGGGAUGGGGUUCAACGGAUCCGCGUACCAAAAGGACAACCCCAACACUGUGGAGAACAGGCUGAUGGACUGCUUGCACGACAUGAACUUGAUCUCAGGCGUGGAUCAGCCAUUUUCCAGAGUCUCCAGAACGGACAAAGGCGUAUCCGCGCGUAUGAACGCCCUGACCAUACGCCUGAAAAUUCGGCACCCCCACAUGACCCUACAAGAUAUACAAAGAGUUUACGUAAAGGAGAUCAAUAAAAAGUUGAAAAACAUGCAGGUCAUCGACAUUCGCAGUGUUCCCAAUUUUUUUGACGCACGACUAAAUUGCAUACAUAGGACAUACUUAUAUUUCUUCAUUGACAAAAAUUACAAUUUUGAUCGAAUCAAGCAGGGCUGCAAGUUAUUUGUAGGAGAACACGAUUUUUCUAAUUUUUGCAAGAAGAGGAAAAACAGCACAUGCUUUAGAAGGACCAUCCUGAAGUUUGAGGUCAGGCGCAUGGACAAAAAUUUCCACUACUUCAAAAUAAAGGGAACGUCAUUUCUGUACAACCAGAUUAGACACAUGGUCGCCGCCCUUUUCCAAGUGGGCACAGGGAACCUAGCACUGGGUGACCUAGCCAACAUGCUGAACAACCACCCGUCUAGCAAAAAGAACUUCCAGAUAGCCAAUGAAGAUGGGCUGCUGUUGUACUCCUUCAAAUUUAACGACCUUAACUUUCACGUGAACGUUGACAACCGCGUGUUUUCACACCUGAUGGAGAAGUACAUACAGAGCGCGGUACUUUUGGUUUCUCUCUGCUACCCUCGUAAGGUUAAGCAACAAAAUCACAGCUUCUUUGAAGACAUCGUCGAUGGAAGUGACAAUGACGAGGGUCAUGAGAACUCUCAUCCUUAA